UUAAGGACUAUAGAGGCUCUUCUUGCUUUCCUUCUUCCGUGGCCGUCGCUCAACGCUCCACCUUGGCAAACAGAAGGGGCGGGAUCUUCCUGGGAUUGACUGCUGGCGUCCUACCCCUGCGCAGCUCGUCAGUCCCGCCCUCCAGUUGGCGCCUGCGCAAUGGGUCGGCCGUGGGGGGCGGGAAGGGCUUCGGGGCAGGAGAGCCCAUGUCGGCCCUGAGGCGCUCGGGCUACGGCCCCAGUGAAGGUCCUUCCUACGGCCGCUACUACGGGCCUGGGGGAGGAGAUAUGCCGGUACACCUUCCUCCGCCCUUAUAUCCACCUCUUCGCCCCGAGCCUCCUCAGCCUCCCAUUUCCUGGCGGGUGCGCGGGGGCGGCCCGGCUGAGACCACCUGGCCCGGGGAAGGCGGAGGUGGCGAUGGCUACUAUCCUUCGGGAGGCGCCUGGCCAGAGCCAAGCCGAGCUGGGGGAAGCCACCAGGAACAACCACCAUAUCCUGGCUACAAUUCUAACUACUGGAAUUCUGCACGCCCAAGGGCUCCAUACCCAAGUACAUAUCCUGUGAGGCCAGAGUUGCCAGGCCAGAGUUUGAAUUCUUACACAAAUGGAGCAUAUGGUCCAGCAUACUCUGCUGGCCCUGGAGCAAAUUCUGCCUCAUACUCUGGGGCUUACUAUACAUCUGGCUAUCCUCAGACCAAUUACUCUACAGAAGUUCCAAGCACUUACCGUUCACCUGGCAACAGCCCAACUCCUGUCUCUCGUUGGAUGUAUCCCCAGCAGGACUGUCAGACUGAAGCAGCGCCUCUUAGGGGGCAGGUUCCAGGAUAUCCUACUUCACAAAAUCCUGGGAUGACCCUGCCCCAUUAUCCUUAUGGGGAUGGUAAUCGAAGUGUUCCACAAUCAGGGCCGACUGUACGACCACAAGAGGAUACGUGGGCUUCUCCUGGUGCUUAUGGGAUGGGUGCCCGUUACCCCUGGCCUUCAGCUACGCCCUCAGCACCACCUGGGAAUCUCUACAUUACUGAAAAUGCUUCACCAUGGCCUGCUGGUAGCUCUCCUCAACCACCUCCUUCACCACCACCCCAACAGCCAAAGGAUUCCUCAUAUGCCUAUAACCAAUCAGAUCAAAGUAUGAGUCGACACAGCUUUCCUUGCCGUGUCCAUCAGUAUGAAUCUGCUGGGACAAUGAACAGUGAUAAUUCAGAUCUUUUGGAUUCCCAAGUCCAAUACAGUGCAGAGCCUCAGCUGUAUGGUAAUGCCAAUAACGAACAUCCUAGCAAUCAAGAUCAGAAUAAUCUUUCUGAAGAGUGUUUAUCUUCAGAUGAAGGUACUCCUCCAAGUAUUAAAAAAAUUAUUCACGUGCUGGAAAAGGUUCAGUAUCUUGAGCAAGAAGUAGAAGAAUUUGUAGGAAAAAAGACAGACAAAGCAUACUGGCUUCUGGAAGAAAUGCUAACAAAGGAACUUUUAGAACUGGAUUCUGUUGAAACUGGGGGACAGGACUCUGUCCGGCAGGCCAGGAAAGAGGCUGUUUGUAAGAUCCAGGCCAUAUUGGAAAAAUUAGAAAAAAAAGGAUUGUGAAAGGAUAAAGUGGAAGAAUGAAGGGAAGCCUAUUUCAAACUUGGCCAAAGAACUCAUGAUUUUUGGUUAGUUACUGUCUUAUUGAGAUGCCUGUUGAUGUCAAGAAGCAAUACAUUCCAACUUUCCUUUGAUUUAAAACUUGAAAAACUGGCAAAGAAAUGGAAGAACAUUUAAGUUGUGAAUUUUUUCAGUUUUCAGACGAAUGAAUGUAAUAGGAAACCAUGGAAUUACCAGUAUUGCCAAGUAGACUCAUUCCUUCUUAAGAAACCUAUGGCUAUUUGCAAGCUGCUUCUAACUAAUGGGAAGAACAUUCACUUUAAGUAAAGGCUGUCAGAAACCCACCAGAUGAGACUGGACAUAAUCUGAGACAAGCAGGUUUUGUUUUUGUAAACUUGUGGAUUACUUGUCACAUUUGUACAUUGUGACUGCUUUCAGCAUAGACUUCAAAUGUAAAUUACAGCUUAGAUGUUAGCCUUAUUGGACCUCUGCUUUGUUAUUUGCAGUUUACAAAUACAGUAUUAUUCUCUACUUCUUAGUACAUUUUGUAGUAAUAUGUUCAAUAUAAUUACUCAAGAGACUAUUGACAGUCAGAUAGAAUGGAAAUUCUGAAUAAAUUGGUAGCCUUUCACCAUUUGAA